ACUAUAUCUUGGGCAUAUAAAUAUGCUGCGAGGCAACUUUGAUAUCAUUAUAAAUUACCCUGCCUCGCGUUUAGUUCCUAUAAAUUUCUCCCCUUAUCAUCGACAAGAUUAAGGUUGCAGCUUUGCUUUCCAGUAUGGAGUAUCCUCUCCUAUCCAUUUUCACUUUACUCAAUCUUGCGGUGGUGGCAACCCAUGCUGCCUUGCCUCCUGAAUUUUACUGGAAGUCCGUGCUUCCUACCACGCCCAUGCCAAAAGCUAUCACUGAUAUCCUUCAUCUGGAUUUGGUAGGAGACAAAAGCACCAAUGUAGGUGUAGGGAAGGGUGGUGUAAGUGUUGAUGCAGGGAAAGGAAAGCCCGGAGCCACCUCAGUGAAUGUUGGAAAAGGAAGCGUAAAUGUGCAUGCAGGUAAAGGAAGUGGUACCGAUGUCAACAUUGGUGGAAAAGGUGGAGGAGUUUCAGUGAGUGCAGGGCAUAAGGGAAAGCCCGUACAUGUUGUAGUUGGGCCAGAUAAAUCACCAUUUCUAUACGAGUAUGCUGCGACUAAGACCCAAUUACAUGAUAACCCUAACGUGGCACUCUUCUUCUUAGAAAAAGACUUGCAUCCUGGAACAAAAUUGGACUUGCACUUCACUAGGAGCUCCAACGUUGCCACAUUCUUGCCUCGCCAAGUUGCGAAUUCAAUACCCUUUUCGUCAAACAAGGUGAAAGAUAUACUUAACAGGUUUUCUCUCAAACCAGAGUCUGAGGAGGCUGGGAUUGUGAAAAAUACCAUCAAUGAGUGUGAAGAUAAGGGGAUUAAAGGAGAGGAAAAGUAUUGUGCAACUUCACUGGAAUCUAUGGUUGAUUUUAGCACUUCAAAGCUUGGAAAAAAUGUUGAGGUAGUGUCUACAGAAGUAGCUGAUAAAGAAAGAACAAGGUUGCAAAAAUACACUAUAACCCAAGGAGUAAAAAAGUUAGCAGGGGACAAUGUUGUUGUGUGUCAUAAGCAGAAUUAUCCAUAUGCUGUCUUUUACUGUCACAAAACAGAAACAACCAGAGCUUACUAUGUUCCUUUGGAGGGUGUUAAUGGAAUCAGAGUUAAAGCAGUAGCAGUAUGCCAUACAGACACAUCAGAAUGGAAUCCCAAGCAUUUGGCCUUUAAAGUGCUCAAAGUUAAGCCAGGAACCGUUCCUGUUUGCCACUUCCUUCCUGAGGAUCACGUUGUUUGGGUUCCCAAGUAGAUUUUGUGCGAAAAAUUCACUAGUCAUGUCCUUGAAUAAACCAGUUUUUGUAGCAUUAGCUACUAAACUCGAUAUAAAUAUCUGCAGUGUGUAGUUAUAGGUACUACUGUUUCUUUAUUUAGACGCUCACAUGGAUUUCUAUGUAUAUUUUUCCAUGACACAUUAUGUAUGUUCAGAAUACUGUAUGAUAUAUAGUGUGUAUUCUUCAUUUUCUUGA